GAAGGGAGUAGUACUUGAAGUAUAUUAUUAGACCCCGGAGGCCGGGGAGCGGUCUCUCUUUCUCUCUCUCUCUUCCAUCUCUCUCACUCCAGUAUUCUGCCUCUUUCUCUCUCUCUAGGGUUUUCCUCUUUGUUACGCAAUCGCUCCAAAGAUGGAAGAGAAUCUCGAUGCGGCGAUAGAGUCCCUCUUGAAUGUGGAGAAGCAAAUGAGGCUUGCCGGUGAUGUUGCUGGAACCAAGAAAGCUGUUACUGACAUCGUGGAACUUUGUUAUAAAGCAGGUGCAUGGAAGACUUUGAACGACCAGAUAGUUCUUCUGUCAAAAAGGAGGGGUCAGCUUAAGCAGGCAGUCACUUCCAUGGUACAGCAAGCGAUGCAGUAUAUUGAUGAGACACCUGAUGUUGAUACACGCAUUGAAUUAAUCAAAACACUGAACAGUGUCUCUGCUGGAAAGAUAUAUGUUGAGAUAGAGAGGGCACGGCUGAUAAAAAAACUUGCAAAGAUUAAAGAAGAACAGGGCCUUAUUGCUGAGGCUGCUGAUUUGAUGCAAGAAAUUGCUGUGGAAACUUUUGGAGCAAUGGCAAAAACGGAAAAGAUAGCAUUCAUUCUUGAACAAGUUCGUCUAUGCUUAGAUCGCCAGGAUUAUGUACGUGCACAGAUUUUGUCAAGAAAAAUUAGUCCUCGGGUUUUUGAUGCAGAUCCUUCAAAGGAAAAGAAAAAGCCCAAAGAGGGUGAUAAUGUUGUUGAAGAGGCUCCAGCAGAUAUACCUUCCCUCUUAGAGUUGAAGCGAAUCUACUAUGAACUAAUGAUUCGCUAUCAUUCUCAUAACAAUGACUACCUGGAAAUUUGCCGUAGUUACAAAGCAAUAUAUGAUAUUCCAUCUGUGAAAGAGGACCCAGCACAGUGGAUCCCGGUGCUUCGGAAAAUUUGCUGGUAUUUGGUGUUGUCACCACAUGACCCAAUGCAAUCAAGCCUUCUCAACUCAACUCUAGAAGAUAAAAAUCUUUCUGAAAUUCCUAAUUUCCGUCUGCUUUUGAAGCAGCUAGUUACCAUGGAGGUAAUCCAGUGGACAGGUCUUUGGGAGAUGUAUAAGGACGAGUUUGAGAAUGAGAAGAGUAUGCUUGGAGGAUCUUUGGGUGCCAAGGCAGCAGAAGAUCUAAAACUCAGAAUUAUUGAACAUAAUAUUUUGGUAGUAUCCAAGUAUUAUUCAAGGAUUACCUUAAAGAGGCUUGCUGAUUUGUUGUGCUUGAGUUUACAGGAAGCUGAGAAGCAUCUGUCAGAUAUGGUAGUAUCAAAAUCCUUGGUCGCAAAGAUAGACAGGCCGAUGGGAAUUGUUUGCUUUCAGACAGCCAAGGACAGCAACGACAUCCUUAACUCAUGGGCGAUGAACUUGGAAAAGCUGCUUGACCUUGUUGAAAAAAGCUGCCACCAGAUACACAAAGAGACCAUGGUUCACAAAGCUGUUCUGAAAGCUUAAUCACGUAUUCAAAAGGAAAUUUUCUCAAGGCGUGUCUGGAAGUCUCAAAGUUUGCUGCGCCCAUGUCCCAUUUCAGUGUCGCCAUCUUUUAGCGUAAUCCUAGAUUGCUCCAUGCUUUUUACAGUGUUGCAGCUCAAGGAACUUGCAGUACAUUCUUAUAUACUGAUCAUGUUUGUCAUUACUAAUUCAUUCUGCAACAAGCAUUUCUGUGUUUGGGGGAUUAAUUAUUGCAGAAUUUUAAAGUAACCACAAAAAUAUAUUGCUA